ACGCGUCCACAAGACAUGAUUCCAAGUAAGAAGAGCGCUGUUCUUGUGGAUGGGGUUGUACUGAAUGGCCCCACGACAGAUGUAAGAGCAGGAGAAAAGUUUGUUGAAGAGGCCUGUAGGCUAAUAAUGGAAGAGGUGGUUUUGAAGGCUACAGAUGUCAGUGAGAAGGUUUGUGAGUGGCGGCCCCCUGAGCAGCUGAAACAACUUCUUGAUUUGGAGGUGAGAGAUACGGGAGAGCCACACCACAGGCUGUUGGAGCUCUGCCAGGAUGUCAUACGCUACAGCGUCAAAACAAACCAUCCAAGAUUUUUCAACCAGUUGUAUGCUGGACUUGAUUACUACUCCUUGGUGGCCCGAUUUAUGACAGAAGCAUUAAACCCAAGUGUUUAUACGUAUGAGGUGUCCCCAGUGUUUCUGUUAGUGGAAGAAGCGGUUCUGAAGAAAAUGAUUGAAUUUAUUGGCUGGAAAGAAGGGGAUGGAAUAUUUAACCCAGGUGGUUCAGUGUCCAAUAUGUAUGCAAUGAAUUUAGCUAGAUACAAAUAUUGUCCUGAGAUUAAGGAAAAGGGGCUGUCUGGGUUGCCAAGAUUAAUCCUUUUCACAUCUGCAGAGUGUCAUUACUCUAUGAAGAAAGCAGCCUCCUUUCUUGGGAUUGGUACAGAGAAUGUUUGCUUUGUGGAAACAGAUGGAAGAGGUAAAAUGAUACCUGCGGAACUGGAGAGGCAAAUCUGGCAAGCCAGCAAAGAGGGAGCAGCUCCAUUUCUCGUCUGUGCCACGUCUGGUACAACUGUUCUGGGAGCCUUUGAUCCUCUGGAUGAAAUAGCAGACAUCUGUGAGAGACAUGGCCUCUGGCUUCAUGUGGACGCUUCUUGGGGUGGCUCAGCUUUGAUGUCCAGAAAGUACCGGAAGCUUCUGCAGGGCAUCCACAGAGCUGACUCCGUGGCCUGGAACCCCCACAAGAUGCUGAUGGCCGGAAUUCAGUGCUGCGCUCUCCUCGUAAAAGACAAAUCUGACCUUCUUAAGAAAUGCUACUCUGCCAAGGCAUCUUACCUCUUCCAGCAGGACAAAUUCUAUGACAUCAGCUACGACACAGGAGACAAGUCUAUCCAAUGCAGCAGGAGACCAGAUGCAUUCAAGUUCUGGAUGACUUGGAAGGCCCUGGGCACAUUAGGCCUUGAAGAGAGAGUUAAUCGUGCACUCGCUUUAUCUAGGUACCUCGUAGAAGAAAUCAAGAAAAGAGAAGGAUUCAAGCUAUUGCUGGAACCUGAAUAUGCCAAUAUUUGCUUUUGGUACAUUCCACCGAGCCUUAGAGAGAUGGAGGAAGGACCUGAAUUCUGGGAAAAACUCAAUUUAGUGGCCCCAGCCAUUAAGGAGCGGAUGAUGAAGAAGGGAAGCCUGAUGCUGGGCUACCAGCCCCAUCGGGGGAAGGUCAACUUCUUCCGCCAGGUGGUGAUCAACCCUCAAGUGAGCCGGGAGGACAUGGACUUCCUCCUGGAUGAGAUAGACCUCCUGGGGAGAGAUAUGUAGCUGUGGCUUUCAGUUCCCCAGAGGCAUGAGUCCUGCCCUGAGGAGGCUUCCAGAUCCAGGGCAUCUGGGGACACAGAGGAGAUUAUAGCCCUUCUGGGGAGAAAUAGGAAAGACGCCUUGGCCUGGUGUGGAGAAAGGGAAAGGCUAAGCAAAUAGUGGGAAGGACUCGUUAGCUGCCUGGGCACUACUGUUUGCUAUUAAAGGAGGAAGUGAAAAGUGGAUUUUCAUAAGAACUGUCUUUAGGACACAGACUUGAAGAGAGUUUAGUAAGUACUACAUAGGGCCUGGAUUCUAAGCUUCCGUUGCUCUCUAAAGAACAUAUGAAUUAAUAGCUGAAAGCAGUGAUUCUCAAAAUGUCAGUCCCUAGACAAGCAGCAUCAACACUGCCUGGGAAUUCAUUAAAAAAUGAAUUCUCAGCCCAGCCCCAGACCUACCGAAUCAGACACACUGCGUGCGCCAUUCAGCAUAUUUUA